UUCAUUCGAUUCAUACUUCCCAUCCCUGAUGGAAGUGAAAUUAAACAAAAUAUAAACUUUUUUACAAAAAAAAAUAUUAUAAAUUUAUUCUUAGAGUACUUGCAUUUACUCGAUCGUGAAGAAUAAAUUUAAAAUGACAUUGUAAAUGUCCAAUUGACAAUAAAGUUCGAUUCCUUAUAUUGAUUAUUUAAUAUUCUAAAGGAUACAAAAAUGUCAUUUGCUAGCAGAAUUUUUAUCCGAGAUUUAAAAAGUAAAAGUCAAUUCUUUCUAAGAUUGCAAACAUAUCACUCAACGAAAGAUGAACUUGCGUUUAAGGAAUCAUUGAAUUAUAGGAAAGAUGUGAAUACAAGUUGGUCAGAAAUUGAAGAGCAAAAGAAGAAAGUAGAUUUAUCAUCAAAAUCACACCCAUCACAAUAUCGAUUCGUAUAUCCAGAAUUUUUACCAUUUCCACUUGCAUCAAGAAGAAAUUCAAUUAAGGAACAACUUGAACGGAACGAUAUGAUAGCCAGGAGGACAGUAAUAGAUAUUCCUGAGUUUUAUGUAGGAUCCAUUUUGGCAGUAACGCAUUCUGACAUUCACGCUGCUGGAAAGUUGACCAGAUUCGUUGGCAUUUGCAUCUUCAGAGCAGGAUGUGGUUUGAAAGCUUCAUUUUUGCUUAGAAAUGUUGUAGACGGUCAGCCAGUGGAAAUGGAUUACCAUCUCUAUGAUCCUUGUAUUCAAAAAAUGGAAUGUUUAAAAUUGGAGAAGAGAUUAGAUGAUCAGUUACUAUACCUUCGAGAUUGUGCACUUGAACACAGCACAUUUCCAUUUGAUUUAGAACCUGAAUUUGUUGUCGGUCGAACGGAAGUUCCAGUGAAUACUAUUCAAAUUCCCCUCCUACCUCCGCCAUGGAUAUCGAAGUAUGAAUUACUGGGUUUAAAAGGAAUUACGCCGGAAUCAAUUGUUCUUAAUAGAAAUCGCACGAGAAAACUUAAGAAUGCAGCUCAGCCUUGGGAGAAAUAUGAUUUGAUGAAAAUGUACCGAAAAACUAUUCCAGAAGAAGAACAAAAAGAAAUAUAUGCGGAUCUCUAUUCGAAAAUCCAUCAAUUAGAAUCAUCACGACAGAAACAAAAACGUUCACGAGUUUUUUCACGACCAAAGAAAAGUGGAUAGAAACAUUUUUCUUAAAGUAUUUUGUACAUAUAUUUCAAGAAUACAUAAAUUUCUACUAUUA